AUGGGGACGCGGUCCGUGCGGGGCGCGGCCAAUAGGGAGGCGCGGGCGGCGGGCGCGGGGCGCGGCGCGGCCAAUGCGGUGCGCGGGGCGCUCGGGCGCGGCGGCGCGGCCAUGGCGGACGGGAUGGCGGCGGGCGGUCCGCGGCGCUGCCGGCGGCUGGAGGGCGAGGCGGCGCGGGCCGCGCUCGCCAAUGCCGACACGCUGCUCUUCGACUGCGACGGCGUCCUGUGGCGGGGCGAGGCGGCCGUGAGCGGCGCGGCGACGGCGCUGGAGCGGCUGGCGGCGGCGGGCAAGCGGCUGUGCUACGUGACCAACAACAGCGGGCGGACGCGCGCGGCCUACACCGAGAAGCUGCGGCGCCUGGGCUUCCCGCCCGCCGAGCCCCGGCACAUCUUCAGCUCGGCCUUCUGCGCCGCCCGCUACCUGCGGCAGGCGCUGCCGCCCGGCGCCGCCGCCUACGUGCUGGGCAGCGCCGCGCUGGCCGCCGAGCUGGAGGCCGUGGGCAUCCCGCACGUGGGCACCGGGCCCGCCGCCCUGCCCGGGCCCGCGCCCGCCGACUGGGUGCAGGCGCCGCUGGAGCCCGCCGUGCGCGCCGUGCUCGUGGGCUUCGACGAGCACUUCAGCUACGCCAAGCUGUGCCAGGCGCUGCGGUACCUCCUGCGCGGCGGCCCCGAGUGCCUCCUGGUCGGCACCAACCGCGACCACCGGCUGCCGCUCGAGGGCGGCGCCGGCAUCCCCGGGACAGGAUGCCUGGUGAAGGCCGUGGAGACGGCGGCGCAGCGCGAGGCGUUCAUCGUGGGCAAGCCCAACCGCUUCAUGUUCGACUGCGUGGCGCAGGAGUUCCCGGUGGACCCCGCUCGCACCAUCAUGGUGGGGGACAGGCUGGACACGGACAUCCUGAUGGGCAACAGCUGCGGGCUGACCACGCUGCUCACGCUGACCGGGGUGACGGCUCUGGACGAGGUGCGGGGCCACCAGGACAGCGGCUGUCCCGCCAGGCACAGCCUGGUCCCCGAUUUCUACGUGGACAGCAUCGCCGACCUGCUGCCGGCCCUGGGGCAGUGAGGGGCCCGGGGCAGCCCUGCAGCAGCCCCUGGCAGUAACCCGCGCACUCACUAGGUACUCCCCGGGGUUAGAACCCUUCGCUUGUCUCCUCUCUGUCCUCUCGGUGUGAUUCUGUUUACAUCUCCGUCUGAAAUGCACUUUGAACAAAGGGGGCGUUACAGGGGCUGGGCUUGGGGCUGGG